GCCAUACUGACGGAAAGUUCUACGGCGAUCGGGAAUUGCUCUAGAAUAUCAAUCCUGCUUCAUUUCUGUUUGUUACGAUUCAAAUUAGUUGGGGGACUGCGCAUUUGCCGGGUUUUCAUGGCUUUGAGAUCAGUUUAUCGCAGCUUGAGGAGGAGUAAUCUUCUGUCGCCGCUGCGUGGUUCGUGUUCGCCUCUGCAUUCGCAUGCCACGAGUUUCGGAUUUAAGGAAGUUAGAGAGGAUGAAAAGAGUCGAAUGGUUGGAAAUGUUUUCACGAGCGUUGCAUCGAAGUAUGAUCUCAUGAAUGAUUUGAUGAGCGGUGGUCUGCACAGGCUAUGGAAGGAUAGAUUGGUAUCUGAAUUGAAUCCAUUUCCCGGGAUGAAGCAUCUUGAUGUGGCUGGUGGGACAGGGGAUGUAGCUUUCAGAAUAAUGGAAAAUAUCUACGAUGUUCCGGAUAGAGCCCUCAGAAAUGUUCAAGAUGACAGCUUACUGGAAGAAACUAAAAUCUUUGUAUGUGAUAUUAAUCCGCAUAUGUUAAAAGUUGGAAAAAAGAGGGCUGAGGAGAGAGGUUAUCGGAAGGAUAAAUCUCUCAUAUGGGUCGAGGGAGAUGCAGAAGCAUUAAAAUUUGAUGAUAAUUCAAUGGACGGUUACACAAUUGCGUUUGGAAUUAGGAAUGUAACACAUAUUGAAAAGGCUCUUGCGGAAGCUUACAGGGUACUUAAAAGUGGCGGAAGAUUUCUUUGCCUGGAACUGAGCCAUGUGGACGUUCCAAUCUUUAAAAAUUUGUACGAUUAUUACUCAUUCUCAAUCAUCCCGACACUCGGAGAACUAGUAGCAGGCGAUCGUCCGUCUUAUCAGUAUCUUGUUGAAAGUGCCCGGCGCUUCCCUCCACAGGAGAAAUUUAGUAGAAUGAUUGCCGAUGCUGGAUUUCAGAAGGUUGAGUACGAAAACCUUGUGGGAGGCGUCGUUGCCAUACAUUCAGGGCUCAAGAUUUAGAAGCAUUCAUUUCCACUCAUCGCCCGUGCUGUUUCUUCGGACCACUCCACUGGAAAGAAAAAAAAUAUGGUAUGCAGAAGCACCACACCAUUCUUUUUUCCUUCGAACGCGACAAAAUCAGUGGCUUAGCGUGAUGAAAAUGCCAAACAACACUAGUUUUCCACGCGCAUUAUCAUCCUGAAAAAUAUAUAAUGUGCGUUGCGAAUGCUGGCCACACAAUAUUUAGUUCUAAUUUCCAUGAUGUUGAUAUUCGGUUUCUUGCUUUCCAUGGAUAUUUCUUACUCUUUACAUGUGUUUUGCUUAACGAAUCUCUCAAGAUUUUUGUAGAUUUGGCUGCCGGAUAAUUCAAUAAUGGUUUUUGUCCUCUCUCUUCUUUGACUCUGGUAUGGUUGGGAAUAUCCAUCUGUCGAUGGACCACCCCGAUUUUUAUUCAUGACAUUUGUUCUUUAGCCUAUGUAAAUAUAUGUUCGUGAAUUUUAGCUUUUGGACAGUAAAUUCGUCUCUGGAUUCACUAAUUUCUUCGCAAUAUUUCAAUGUAAUUUGUUAACUACUAAAUUUUGCAGCGAUCAGUCGAACUUGCGCGGCUUGGGCACAAGGCGAAGGGGAUUCUUCUUAUGCAUGGUUAGCCCCGGUGCAACAUCUGUGUCGAUAUCUUCUUUACUAACCCCGACAGGCAAUUCCCAGUCAAAGGAACAGACGAGAUUUGCGAGCACGAUCUCGACGUUCGCUAGCCCCAUCACGAUUCCCGGGCACCCCCUUCGACCCGACCCGAA